AUAAUUAGGGUGGAACCAGACUCUCCCAGGGUCAAAAUUCGUUCCAGGGCAGUGCAAGCCCCUAGCAAGAAGACGAAGGGGCUGUGAGCAUGUGCUCCAGCUGAGAUGGAUACCAUCUUGGUCUUCAGCCUAAUCAUUACAUCCUAUGAUGCCAGCAAGAAAGGGCUCAGAGAUAGCAGCUGCCAUGUGGAACAGCUGCCUGGGUUCUUCCCAAAGGAUGUGAGAAGAACCGGGGAUGUGCUCACGCAAGAGGCUCAGGCACAAGCCAAAAUGUCUACCUUCAUUCAAAAUCAGACUGUGGCUACGCUGCAGUGCUUUGGCUCUGGGAGCAAAGUCAAAGUCAACCUUGUGUAUUCAGAGAAAGGGUCAAAGGUCAAGCAGACUCUGAAGAACCUGAGAGUCAUCGCUGCUCCCUGCAGAAACAGCACUGCCUCCCCAAACUGUCACUUAACCUCCACAACCAAGUUUCAGACUGGAUCCCUUCUCACAGGCCAAGCUUUUUUACCAGGGAUCUCCCAGUGUAAGGUCUAUGUGGUGAUGAGAGCUGCAUUGGAGACUUUUUCUACCACCGUCACCUCCAUAUCUCCUGGGAAUAAAGAAGGAGAGAAAACUACAAGUACUGAUGAUUUUUCUAGCCCUUUGAAAGAAGGUUGGACAAGACGCUCCCAACUCCUCAAGUCCAAGGAAAGCUGCAAGGAUCACUAUCAUCCACGAGACAUACUUCUGAAAAGCUCUUCUCUGCUUCACACAUUGAAUGAAGGAUACCGCACUGUCUUUUCCCUGUUAUUAACCAGUAUUGGCAGGUUCUUGUGAAUUCACUCAUUAUUUUCAGCAGGGACAUUACAAUCAAACACUAUUCCAGGCCGAUUUAGGAAGAGCCUGGGCUUAGCAGUCCAGCUUACCUUCAUGCCACUACUAUUGUCUUAGCCACAUGCCUCUGAGAUUCACUUCACCCAUCAUGGAAAACGGGUAUCUUUGCAUCCCAUCUAAUGAGCACAGAAAGUCUUCCCUCUGAGCACUAUGAAUGGACCUAUUGCUCUCUUUGACAAACGGUUCACAUACAGCCUCCAAGUGGCAAAGCAGCCACUGGUGUGGCACCAUUUAGGAGCUCCUCUGUUUCCUCACAGCUGAAUUCACUCCCACUGGCUCUCGGCUGGCUGAGGGUGGGGGUUCCUGUUUUCCCAGGCUGAUAUUCUAGCACUUUAUGAUUUAGCCUCUGCCCUACAUGGAGCUAUCCACACACUGGUGAGGGAAACAUGACGCUAAGCAUUCCAGAAGUCCAGAUUUCUGGACUUUUAUGCAGUCCAGAAGGGACUGCAUAAAAUAUGAGGGUUCCUAUAACUCACAACUCUUCAAGUGGGCCUGACAUUACACCCUAAACCACAGUGCGUAGCUGCAUACAUUUUGAACAAGGAUUCCACACAAAAUGAUGAUGGAUGAUUUUUCUUACAAAGGCACACUCUGAGUCAAGUCUGACCUGCUCAGGUGAGAGUUUGGCAAGGAAGCAGAAACAGCGGUUGUUGAAGGAAACAGGUUAGGAAAAGGGAUUGGCAGGUGGGAUAAGACUCGUCCUGCUCGUAGUAUUAGAGUCUUGAAACCAUUCCAUUUCAUUUUGACAAGAUGUAACUGUCACUAAUUCGGUUUUCUUAGUUCUCUGUAAAAACCACAUAUGGGUUGUAUCCUUCUCCCUUUCCCAUCAGGUACUGCCCCCAAAAAGUGGUUCUAAAAACUAUACCAACAGGGGAAAAUAUCUUGCUCCAAGCCCCAAUUUAUUAUUCAAGCUAAGCCUGGAAGAGAUGGAACAGAUACAAAGCAUGGAAGAUGAUAGUUUUGAAAUACAGGAGGUGGAGAGGACAGAGCACUGGGGAUGCCAUUUGGAUAAAUGAGUAUAUUCUUUCACCUCACACGGAUUCACAACAUUGCCUCCAGUUUAUCCCGCCAUCUGUGGUUGGGUCUAACCAUGAUAUGAGGGGGAAAAAAAGCUUGCUCCUUCCCAAGACCACUAGGGAGGAUGAUUACAAACAUUCUAUACUUAGAAGCUCUUGGUCUAGGACUGAUGCCUACAUUCAUCUCCACCCUUCCCAGCUUCACUGCCAAAGAAUGUCCUUUAAUCCAGAAACAUGAGGUUCCCCAGGAGAUGAAAACUGUGGCAAAGUUUACAUUUCUUAAAUCUUCUGCAAGACUGUAAUUUGGAUAACAUUUGUACUGAUUUUAUAGAAAUUCACUGAUGGAAUCAAAAGUGUGUAUUUUAGGGGCACCUGGGUGGCUCAGUGGGUUAAAGCCUCUGC